UGCUGCAGGUGGGCUCGAUGGUUAAAUUGCCCGAGGAUGAGGAUACGCCGGAGAAGCGCGUGCGCAAGAUCUUCCGGAUGAUGGACAAGGACGAGAACGGGAGCCUGGACAUGGAGGAAUUCAAGGAGGGCAGUAAGCGGGACGAGACGAUUGUCAGCGCCUUGUCGCUGUACGAUGGACUGGUGUAGAUCCUCGUCGGGACUACUGCUGGGCGCAGGCAUGGUGGCUUUUUCCAUCCCUGUUUUGGAUGUGACCUCGGUGAAUUGGCGCUUUUUCUUUUCAUAUUUCCUUGCUUGAUUAAGUUUCGUCUUAUUUUCUGGUCCUUUUCUUUUACUUUUUGUGUUUUCUCUUCAGGAUUCCCAUGACUGCUUGUAUCCGAAAAAGAUGGCCAGCCGGGGGACCCGCCGCGUGCCUGGCAUUAGCGGGAGGUGCUUAUCGCGGAUGGCCGGGAUUCAGGAGGCGACGCUGCAUGUGCCUGGCGAUAUGGUGGCUGUACCAACUACAAAGGGGAGGUGGGUGUGCAGUGCGAUUGAGACUCAUCUCGAUGCUUGUAUAUAGUAGGAGUUGUUAUUGCGACUGUUUCUAUCCUAUUUUGCUUCUGAUCAUCCCUCCCCCUUGGUCUCCACUCAUCCCGGUUCACUCCAGCCAUCGUGACGGUCGGGAUUGGGUCCAUCCCAGGCAGCUGCCUGAUGCAAUAUGCCAAGUGCAGCUUCAUGACCCGCUCCUUCAGACCUGGCAGAUUCGAGGAGGGGAUCGAGGGGUCUGGUUCAGCAGCGAGCGAGAAGUUGCGUUGCAGCCGAGGAUGCAUCCACCCGGCCGGGACGGAAGUUUCAGUGCGGGCAUCACCCUGACAGUCGGCCCAGAUUGGGCGCCGUGCAUCAGGGUAAGCUUGCAAUUAUUUCUGACCUGAGGGAUUCCUCUCGCACCGCAGCCGUUCCACCAAUCAAAUGGCCCAGUGUCAGGAACGGUUGCUGAGCGGGCCCGACCGAGAUUCUGCACCCA